ACCAUCUGUAAAAACACCUUUAAUUAUAUUCUUCUUUUCCUAUUCGCAUCAUUUUGCGUGCUUUCUUCCUUCCCAUUAACUGAGUCCAUAAGAGCCUCCGACUCGCUAUCAUCUUUGCAACCGAGUGAACUCAGUUAGGAAAAGAAGAAUUUUCGAAGGCAUCAUCGUCUUCAUGAGUGCUGAAUCCGAGCUCGUGUUCAUCCCAUGUCCGGGCCUCGGCCACUUGGUGUCGAUGGUGGAGAUGGCCAAGCUCCUCGUCGACCUCGACGAUCGGCUCUCCAUCACCGUCCUCAUCCUGAAGUUCCCCUUCGACUCCGAGAUUGAUUCCCGGAUCGAAUCACUCACCGCCUCCGUCGCUGCCCGCAUCCGCUUUGUCCUCGUCCCCAGGCGAAGCCACUCCCCGAGGACGUCUCGCCGUGCCUUCAUCCAUCACUUCAUGGAGAACCACAAAGCCGACGUCCGAGAAGCCGUCGCUGAGCUCUCUGCCCGUGGCUCGCCACGGCUCACCGGGCUUGUUGUUGACAUGUUCUGCACCACGAUGAUCGACGUGGCCAUCGAGUUCGGCGUCCCUUCCUACAUAUUCUUCACGUCGGGCGCGGCGUUCCUGGGAGUCAUGCUGCACCUCCAGUCUCUCCGAGACGAGCAACACAUGGACCCGACCAAGCUAGAGGGCUCCGACGCCAAGCUGGACUUCCCGUGCUUCGUUAACCCACUGCCUGCCGCCAGGUUCUUGCCCUCGGAUGUGUUUAUAGAAGAAGACUGCCGGAUACUAUUGGACAUCGUCCUAAGGUAUAGGGAAACCAAGGGAAUUUUGGUAAAUACAUUCGCUGAGCUGGAACCACGCGCGGUGAAGGCCCUGGCCAGCCUUGGAGAACCUGCGGUGUACUCCGUGGGACCCAUAUUGAACAUCAAGGCUGAGAGCGAAAAGGGUUUCGAGAUCCUGGACUGGCUCGACCAGCAGCCAGAUGCGUCAGUGGUGUUCCUGUGCUUCGGGAGCAAGGGGAGCUUCGACGAGCACCAGGCAAAAGAGAUUGCCCACGCAUUGGAGCGGAGCGGGUACCGCUUCCUGUGGUCCCUACGACAGCCACCGGCCAAGGACAAGCUGGAGGCCCCCCGUGACUACGCAGAUCCCGCAGAGGUCCUGCCCGAGGGGUUCCUUGAUAGGACCGCCAGGGUCGGGAAAGUGAUCGGGUGGGCCCCGCAGGUCACGUUCCUGGCCCACCCGGCCAUCGGAGGGUUUGUGUCGCACUGUGGGUGGAACUCCAUUUUAGAAAGCAUAUGGUUCGGCGUGCCGAUCGCUGUGUGGCCCCAGCAUGCAGAGCAACAAUUCAACGCGUUCCAAUUGGUGGUGGAGCUCGGCCUUGGAGCAGAGAUCAAGAUGGAUCAUCGGAGAGAUCUCGUCAAAGGUAGUGAUGGCGUUGUGACUGCGGACGAAAUAGAGGGAGGGAUAAGGAAGUUAAUGGAGGGUGAGGAGGCUGGGGAGAGGAGGAAGAAGGUGAAGGAGGUGAGCGAGAAGAGUAGGGAGGCUUUGAUGGAGGGCGGCUCUUCUUACUUGUCUCUGGCUUGCUUCAUUGAGGAUGUGUGUAGUUGAUGAGCCUUUAUUAGCUAGAGAGGGUUGGCUGUGUUAGAAUAUUUAAAUAAUA